GUUGUUACACUGCUGGUAGUGCUGAUAAUCCGAUCGUGUGCGCGACAGGGCACUGGGUUCUGGCACAGAGAUGAGAGACUUUCGGGUGCCGCCCAGAACGGCGAGUAUGAUUCGGGAUACACAGAAUUGCUCAAUGAUGGUGAGAACAGGAUUAGGGCUUCCCGCACGACUUUCAAGCGGAACCGGUCCUUUCCAACGGUGAUGAUGCCUUUAAUUGACGAGAGCGAUAUGCAUGACUCUGAUCCAGACAGACCACACGAUCAUCGCAUUGCAAGUGAGUACGACCGGGAGUCCGGGUCAGAAACUGAUCUGAGUGACAGCGACGAUGGCCUGACGUUCUCCUCUCUUAAAGAGCGAUUCAACCGUGAUCACUGGAUGCAAUUCGCGUCGAACGUUUUGCCGAAGAAUGUUCUGUUGCGCAAGAAGAAGAACAGCGCCAAGGGCGGUCCUAGACUACGUGUACGGGAAGCACCGGCAUCGUUCCUUGAAGCAGGCUGGGAAGAUACCGACGACCACAACAACACUUUGCAAUCGGAGGUGCUCGUAAUACUGAAGACCUGCCGUGUGUUUGGGUAUUUUGAGAGUCCCGUUGUGCUGGAAUUGGUGAAGCAUGUGGCUACCAUAUCGUUGUACAAAGGGGAGAACCUCUUCAAAAUAGGCGACGCGGAUGAUUCCAUAUACGUCGUCAGCAGUGGCGAGAUACAGGUUGUCGCCAAAGACAAAGAGACAGAGCAAUACACUGUGAUGGACGUUGUCCAGCCAGGAGGAAGUGUGUCGAGUCUGGUCAGUAUCUUAGAGGUGAUGGCGGGGCAUACAUCCCAAUUUGUGUCUGUGGAGGCGAGGGCUAUAACUCCAGCAACGGUGUUACGAGUGCCCAUGGCUCAGGCCAAGCCAAUAUUCGACAGAUUCCCAUCGGCAAGCACCAAAAUGGCGAGCAUGAUUCUGGUCCGAUUGCAGCGAGUCACGCUACUGAUUCUGUAUAAUUACUUGGGUCUCACCCAUGAGUUGUUCCUGCCCAUCGACCCCGUGCAUAAAAAUCCUACUACACGUGUGCGGGCGGUGGGCAAGACCUUCACCAAACUUGGCCCGACAAAGGAUGUGCUGGGUUUUGGGAUGUUCACUCGGGGUAAGUCUGGAGGGCGUGUUAGUCGCCACGGGUCAAACACCUCAGACACUCAGGACCAAACGGUCAUGCGCAGUAUGAACUCAGCUCCGCGGUUGGAAGACCUGAAGGAAGGCCAAACCGUGGCCCAAUUGAUUGAGGAGGGGGUUGAAGCACUCUGCCAGCAGUUCAAGCUCAACAAGGAAUUGGUCCACAAACUAGUUGAGCAUGACAUAAUUGAAGGUAAUACGGUCUUGGUAGAACAAGGGCAGCCACACCUCGACUGCCAUCUGUACCACGUCAUUUCAGGCACGAUCGAGGCUUCGCUUACACCAACUACGAGUCAACGCUACCAGGGGAGUUCUGAGGGCACCAGGUUGGAGCAUGUCGUCAUGGUGGCUCAGCCUGGUGAAACCAUAGGCGAGAUGUCUCUGGUCACCAGUAUGCCGUCGUUCUAUACUCUUUCGACGGGAGAUAAGCCCGUGCGGAUGCUCAAGUUGUCUGUCCAGAGCUUUGAGAUACUCAUGAACGACAGCCCUCCGUCCAUGCUGCUAUUUGCAUUGCACGGAGUGUCACGUGUCUCGCCGCUGGUGCGCAAAUGUGAUUUUGGUGUGGACUGGAGCCAGGUGGAAGCCGGGAAAUUAGUUUAUAAGCAAGGCAGCGAGGCUGUGGCACUGUACAUCGUACUCAACGGACGUGUGCGUUCUGUGGUAACGAGUAGGCAAGGCGGUCGCAAGACGCUUGUGACUGAGUUCGGUAGGGGUGAGAGUGUGGGUGAGAUUGAGUUGCUCACAGCCACUCCCCGCGCUACGUCGGUCCACGCAAUCCGGGACACUGAGCUUGCUAAGCUACCUGGCGAGCUCUUUGAAAUGAUUAGACAGAAGUACCCCAAGGUCUCCAAUGCCUUCACCCGUAAAUUGGGAGAGCGGCUGCUUGGUGCUAUGGAAUUACCGCGAGGUGGCCCUACCGCCCCUCUCUACCAACAAGAGGAGGAGCGCAUGUCCACCAACAAGAAUCUGUCCACUGUGGCUGUGGUGGCCGUCAGCAAUGACGUGCCGCUGCAUCAGUUCUGUGCGAGGCUCACGGCAGCCCUGAGCACCAUCGGGUCCUGCCUGCACCUGACACGGAAUAGGGUGGAAGAAAUGAUGGGUGACGAGGUAUUCAGCACGGUACAUGAGUACAAACUCAUCAGUUGGCUAGGGGAGCAGGAGGAGCAUCACAAUAUUGUGCUCUACGAGACAGAUAAGAAAUCCUCUGCCUGGACCAAGCGUUGUGUGCGCCAAGCGGAUUGCAUACUAAUCGUUGGUCUGGGUGACAACGAACCUACAGUCGGUGCUGUGGAGAGAGAUCUGGAAUCGAUAACAAAUCGUGCUCAGAAGGAGCUGGUCUUGCUGCAUUCGUUCCGCAAGAAGCCAACGCGUACCGUGGAAUGGCUGAAUCUGCGUGACUGGUGCACGGCCCAUCACCACAUCCGCUGUGCGCGUGCCUUCCUCCAUGGCUACCAGGCGGCCUCUACCACCCCUCCAAACAUCCACUCCGAUUUCUCAAGGCUUGCCCGGCGCUUGACCAACACGAGUGUUGGUCUUGUACUGGGCGGAGGCGGUGCCCGUGGGCUCAGUCAUAUCGGUAUACUGCAUGCACUCCAAGAAAGCAACAUACCCAUCGACAUGGUUGGCGGUACAAGUAUAGGAGCACUUAUAGGAGGGCUCUACAGCGAAGUGACAGAGUGGGAACGAGUGUGGGAGCGUGCCCAAGUUUGGUCGUUUGCGAUGGCCAGCUUAUGGGCCAAGAUCAUGGAUCUGACCUAUCCCAUAACGGCUAUAUUCAAUGGCAGCAGUUUCAAUACCAGCAUACACGACCUUUUCCAAGAGCAGCUUAUAGAGGAUCUAUGGCUCCCCUACUUCUGUAUUACCACGGAUCUGACGGAUUCCAAAAUGAAGAUACAUCGCCAUGGCACUCUUUGGCGAUAUGUGCGUUCCAGUAUGACAUUGGCCGGAUACCUUCCCCCGUUGUGCGAUCCAGAAGAUGGGCAUCUGCUGGUUGACGGAGGGUACACCAAUAAUCUGCCGGCGGACAUCAUGCGUGAUAUGGGCGCGCAGUCGAUUAUUGCGGUCGACGUGUCUUCGAAAGACGAGAAGGAUCUCACCAACUACGGAGACUCUUUGAGCGGUUGGUGGUUAUUGUGGAAACGCUGGAAUCCGUUUGCCACGCCCAUUAAGGUUCCCGAUAUGGCGGAGAUUCAGUCGCGCUUAGCCUACGUCUCUUGUGUGCGCCAGUUCGAAUCCGUUGCAGACAAGAACUAUAUAAAUCUUGUCAGACCGCCAAUCGACGUGUACUCGACGCUGCAAUUCGGAGCGUUCCAUGAGAUCGUUGACGUUGGCUAUAACCACGCCACGAAUAUCAUCAAUGGGCAUAACUGGAAGCAGAUACAUCCCGAUGCAGAUGACCCAACAGAGGACUCGCAUACGACAAAAUCGCCUAUCCCGGGCAUGCAGACAGUGUCCACACACGCACAGUUACGUCAAACGGCCAGGAAAGUGAUCAAAAGCUGACCAUGCCAAUAAAUAGUACACUCAUG